ACUUCCGCCAGGUCUAUACCGCCUCAGAAGUACAAUGACCUCCAGCCACCAUUCCGACGCGCGGACCUCCCGGCUGUGGCAAGUGGCCACACCGCCUCGUGUGACAUAGACAAAGACGCGAUCCUCCUCAUGAAUCGAUGCGCCUCCCACGGAUACCGCAGCCCUCUUUCAGCCCCAUCUUAUCAGCUGUCGGAUGCCGAAAGGGAAUCCUGCCUCGUUGCACCUUUGUCACCGUGCAUCCCGCGACAUACACACGACAUGCGCCCUGCGAUUCUGGUCUAUGUCGUGACACUUGUCACGCUGGUCGGCGCGUGUGCUGGUCAUAAACAAGAAUGCGAGGCGCUUAUAAGGGCCCGAGCUGAUGGGUUGUUCCUUUCAUCUGAACACCCAUCUUGAACAUACCAGCCAUCCUUUUCAGCACGUCUAACCAGCCCGAACGAACUAUGCAGUCCUACAUCAGCGUCUCUUCUGGCUCCCCUGGUCUCAUCUCCCUCCCGCUGACCCCCAACCCCACUGCAAACAUCAGAGCAGAGCAGAGCUUGGGUCUCCGUUUGCUGAACGCACCCUGGCGCGCGAGGAAUGCUUUCCAGACACCGCCACCUUCCCCACCUAUUCGUUCGCAGGCCCCCAGCCCCUCCCGCUCACCCAAGCGCUCUCGCGAGGUCGAAGACAGCGAGAGCGAAGACGUUGAAAACCCACCCACCCCCUCCAAGCGCGCCCGCAGCGACGACGGCGAUGUCGUCCCCGUGCGCAUCGAGCGCGUGCCCACUCAUGAGCUACCAAACAACAACCGACCGACGAAUGGCCUCCCGACAAACGUGACCGAGCUUCAAACCCUCCUGCGCUUCGCCUACGCGGAGAACGCGACCCUCAAGGCCACCAACCUCAUCCUUGCGGAGAGGACCGUGAAGACGACGAGCGACCUCGACAGCGCGGAGAGACGCGCCGCGGCCGCCGAGGCUGCUCGCGCGCAAGUCGCCCGCCAGUUGCAGGAGGCCCAAGAAGAGUUGCAGGACGCGGAAGAAGCGUUAGAGGAGGAGACAGAGCGCGCUGAUGACGCUAAGGAAGACGCAAAGCUGUCCGAGAUCGAGGCCAACCAAGCUUGGAAUAUGGCGGAAGACCUCGAACGCAGGCUGGAUAUGGCGAAGAGCCAGCUGGAGGACGCGCAGCUCGAAGUUGAAAACAUGAGGCACGAACUGAAGGAUAUGGAGGAGUGGCAGGAGGACACGCAGUGGGAGGCGGAUGAGAGGUGGAACGCACUGCGCGAUCUGGACGAGACCCGUGCGCGUCUCAACGAGACUCGCGCCCGCCUGACCGAGGCGGAGGCAGCGAAGGAAGAGCUCCAGGAACUGGUGGAAAGCCUCCUGGAGGGAUGGGCCGACGAGUACGUUUCGCGCCACUGUCUCUGUGAUGACCGCUACGAUACCUUGCAAGAGAGGCUGGCGGCGGCGCAGAAGGAUGUUGCCGAGCUGAGGGCGGAGCGCGCCGCGCUCGGGAUCCGCACGGCUCGCGACAUGGCGAUCUCCGCGCUGCUGUGCUGAAGUCUUCAUCUCCCUGCUCAAAUCCCUCCUCUCUGUUCGUCUCGCUACCAUCUGUUACCAUAGAUUACCGUUUCUCUAUCACAUUUCUCGUCUUCAUCUAAUCCUCACAUCUAUUCUCGAUUUCUCUCUGGUCUCUUCACUUGCAUACCUUAUAUACUCACUUAUAAUCUUCCCUGCUUAUCUCACGGACACUUGGAAGUUCUGCACAUUUCUUGCAUUGC